GAAUGCAGAAUGGACAGAGGACUGAAAGAAGACCAGGAUAAGUCACAAGUUUGGAUUACAAAGCUGAUCAGUUUUUUUUUUUUUUUUAAUACUAAAUGGACAAGAAACGUGUUUUGGACCUCAAGGGAGGUAUGCAAAUAAUCCAAGGCUGCAGGCUCAGAAACAGCAUUCACUGUUAUUCCGCUACUUUCUAAAAACAUGACUGAACCCAGGGGUCAGAUGAAGAGUUCAAAUGCUACAAGCAACAAUGAAAUGGAACGGCAGUCUACUUCAUUCGACCCUGAUGUCCCAUCUUCAUCUUUGUCUCCAAAACUUGGCCAGAGCAAGUUCAGGAGAGUCAGCCGCACAGAGGACAGCAGUCCCUAUCCGAUCCCCGGCCUGGCAGCAGACUCCCUGCACAUGCGAGUGAAAGAAGGAAGCAAGAUCCGCAAUUUGCUGCGGUUUGCAACAGCUCGCAUGGAAGGCGAGGGGAAAGACAGCACCGGGACAUCACUGAGACAGGUGGUCUUCACUGGCUCAGGUCGAGGAGUCACCAAAACCAUCACCUGUGUGGAGAUUCUGAAACGUAAAGUGGGAGGGCUCCACCAGGUGUCCAAGCUCUACUACAAGACAAUAAAUGAGUUCUGGGAGAGUCCACAACAGGGAGUUCCGGGUAUAACCAUGCAGAGGACAGUUUCUGCCAUCUGUAUCCUGCUCUCUAAAGACCCUCUGGAUCCCAAGGAGCCCGGAUACCAACCCCCUGAAACCCUGAGUGCUCCCACAGAGGAUGCAGACAGACGCAGAGCUCUGAUCAGGGCAGCUCACAGUCCCUGCUCACAGCACGCAGCCAAGAGAGUCUGCCUGGAUGACUGGAGGAUGUGCUCUCCGUGAAAGUCUGAGAGCUCUUGUUUACUUUUACACAAGAGCAAUAGAAAGCAUCCUGACUGGAAACAUUACAAACUGGCCUGGUUUGUGAAGCGGCAGAUUGAAACUGCCUCGAACAUCUCUGGUGCCCAUCUACUCGGGCUGCAACUAAUGAUUAUUUCCAUUAUUAAUUCAGCUGCCUUUUUUUUUUUUUUAAAGAUU